AUGAGGACGUGGAGGACCCCAACCGCCGCCGUGAUCCCUCAGAUCAAAACAGGCGCCGCGAUCCAGCAGACCCCAACCGGCGCCGCACUGACCCUUCGGACCCCAACCGGCGUCGGGAUCCUUCAGAUCCCAACCGGGGACGUGGAGGACCCAAACCGACGCCGUGAUCCCUCCGACCCAAACAGACGCCGCGAUCCAGCUGACCCCAACCGGCGCCGCACUGAUCCUUCGGACCCCAACCGGCGUCGGGAUCCUUCAGAUCCCAACAGGCGCCGCACUGGUUUUCUCUCGAACGACACUGAGGUCAACGACACUGAGGUGAACGAGGACGUGGAGGACCCAAACCGACGCCGUGAUCCCUCAGACCCAAACAGGCGCCGCGAUCCAGCUGACCCCAACCGGCGCCGCACUGACCCCUCGGACCCCAACCGACGUCGGGAUCCUUCAGAUCCCAACCGGCGUCGUGCUGGCACUGACGUGAAUGAGGACGUUGAGGACCCCAAUCGCCGACGCGAUCCUUCCGACCCCAACAGGCGCCGCGAUCCAGCUGACCCCAACCGGCGCCGCACUGACCCUUCGGACCCCAACCGGCGUCGGGAUCCUUCAGAUCCCAACCGGCGCCGCGCUGGCACUGAGGUGAACGAGGAUGUGGAGGACCCAAAUCGCCGCCGUGAUCCCUCAGAUCAAAACAGGCGCCGCGAUCCAGCAGACCCAAAUCGACGCCGCACUGACCCUUCAGACCCCAACCGGCGUCGCGAUCCUUCAGACCCCAACCGGCGCCGUGCUGGCACUGAGGUGAACGAGGAUGUGGAGCGCCGCGAUCCAGCAGACCCCAACCGGCGCCGCACUGACCCUUCGGACCCCAACCGGCGUCGUGAUCCUUCAGACCCCAACCGGCGCCGUGCUGGCACUGAGGUGAACGAGGAUGUGGCAGACCCAACCCGCCGGCGCGAUCCUUCAGACCCAAACAGACGCCGUAAUCCCGCAGACCCGAACCGGCGCCGGGUAAGUCCUGGAGGACAGGCCAAGCGAAUCUAUGAAGAGGGAGGUCAUGCUGUUUAUCGAGCCGAGCUCAUCGUGUCCCCUUUGCCUAUGGAUGUGGAAUCUGGCGAUAUUGUUUCACAGGGUCGAGAUGGCGACUGGCCACGCAGCGUGGUGGUUGCCACGGAUGCUCCACAGGGCUCCACCACAUUGGAUGUUCGUUACACAUCCAUUUGGAGACCGUGCUUCGGAGGCGGCUCGAGUGCCGAGACAACCACAGGAGCUUACGGAGAGGAGAUACCGUUGUCAGCGCAUUGCCUGGACACUGCCACCCCGCUGCUCGCGGAUGGGGUUGAGCUAGGAAGGCCGGCGGCGGUUUAUCACUACUUCCUAUCCCUUGCGGCCUUCUCGUCUCAAAGUGCUGCCCGCAUGGCCGGCAUACCCGAGUAUGACAUCCGUCGAAACAUGUACAACAUGUCAGACUUCGCCCACCAGUUCAUUCUGAAUCUGUGGGAUGGAGAUGAAGGAACACCAAUGUUUUCGGAAAGCGUCGGGUACGAAUACGCCAUUAUUCAAAAAGCCGUUGUGUUCAUGUCUGUUUGGAUGGAGAUCGUUCAUGAAAUGGAACAAGCAGUGGGGUUAUGUGGAGCAGCUGAUUUCCAGGAGAGUGCAAGCCGGCGGCGAACUGAUCCCUCGGACCCAAACAGGCGCCGCGAUCCAGCAGAUCCAAACCGGCGGCGCACUGACCCUUCGGAUCCCAACCG